CACAUACCAUUUUCUUCUCAUAUUCAAUCACUUCCCUCUUCAAAACAAACAACAACAAACCAUUUUCUAGCUAGCUAGUUGUAUACUUCAUCUUCUUCUUCUCUUCCGAUCAGCAAUCGAACAAUUUAUAGCGGUGUAAACGUAUAGAUCAAAAGACUUCAUCACUAGUUUCUAAACAUGACGAUUGUAGAGUUGAGAGUUCACAUGGAUUGUGCUGGAUGUGAAAGCAAGAUCAGAAAAGCUCUUCAAAAACUAGAAGGAAUCGAUGAUAUCGACGUCGACAUGAGCAUGCAAAAGGUAACCGUAACGGGAUACGCAGACCAGAAGAGAGUUCUGAAAACUGUGAGGAAAACAGGAAGGAGAGCCGAGCUAUGGCCACCAUACAACCCAGAGUACGAUAGUUACAGUAAUGUUCACAACCAUCACUACAACCAGACUCAGAAUCCGGUGGCCACUACACAUCACUACCAGAGUAGUGGUCAUCAUCAUCACGGAGGCUCUUUAUCGUCUUACAACUACCAGAAACAUGGUUAUGAUAGCUACGCCGAUCAUGGUUAUUAUCACAAUAGACCUGCUCAUUCUAACGUUAUUGAUGACCGCACUGGUUCUAUGUUCAGUGAUGAAAACCCUAAUGCUUGUUCUAUUAUGUAAGUGACUGAUCCAUUAUUUAUAAGAUUAUUUCACUAAUGCUCUUAUAGAUCCUAGAUUAUAGACAAAAAAUAUUGUCCUUUCACAGUCUUAAUUAAUUUGUUCUAUUGCUUUUUGUUUUUUUUGUGUUUUUUCUUUUUCUUAUUUAUAUGUGUAAGCUAUAAAAUAUAAAUGAAUUUCAUUUUUGAGAAA